GCUGGCAACUAUGGCAAACCCAGUAUUGGACCAAAAGAAGCAGAGAAGAAUGUUCGCAACUUCUCUGAAGAGCAGAUGCGUGCUGGUCAAGGAGUCAUCAGCUUGCAGUAUGGUAGCAACAAGGGUGCCAAUCAGAGUGGUAUCAACUUUGGCAAUACCAGACAUAUGUAAAAGUCUGCAAGUGCCUUAAUUUCAGUCAGUGUGCUGUGUUGCACCUGACACCACUGGUAUUAACAGGUCAAAUUAGCACAUGAAAACUUGUUCAUGUUCAGUCUUUGAUAAUUUACUUCAUUGGUUCAAUAUGUUUAGUUUGUUUCUGUUUACUUCAUAGAUGAUGUUUAUUCUCUUAGCUAAUAGGAGUUAAGAAUCACGUAUUUAUUUUGCGAUUAGGGGCAAUAAUUGAAUUCUUCAUAUAUCAUUUCUAAUGAAAGAAAUUAUUUAUGUACAUUUUGAAGUCCAAGACACGAAAUAAAAUUAAAUGUCACCUUCAAUAAAUCUCAACUAUGGGAAUGUUGAGAUAUGAUGUAAUGCAAUGUAAAUCCUCCAGUGUUGCAUUACUGUGCAAAAGUAACUCAGCAGGAAAACUUGAAGAUAUUGGUUGAUUUGGGUAGUAAUGAUGGUAGGUGUCAUAAUGACCAGCAAUAAACUAAAGUAUGCUUAAUAAUAACUUUAUAGAAAAAUAAGACACAUUCAUUAGUUUCAUUUUUCUUUUGAUGCUGGAUUGACAUUUGCUUUGAUUUUCUAAAAUACUUAAUGAUGUGUAUUAUUAGUAAAUUAUCAAAGAUUUUUAAUUUAGCACAUGAUAAAGUUCAGGGUGCUAAAUCUAGCAAUAUUCUGUAUUAUCAUACAAAUUGUUGAAAAAAGAAGUAGGUACCUAUUAGUGAUGGAGUUACUAACUUGUGGCCUGUUACAACCAGAUCAGGGUGCAAUUUUUCACUGAUAAGCACUUGCUGAAUGUGCAUAAAAAGGAAUUGUGUGGAGUAAUUUAAUUUGUUCUGAGGCACAGAACAGUUGUGCCAUAUAAUAGGGGGGGAAAGAAUUGUGAAAGUAGGAAGUAUUUUUCUGGAAUUUUCUAGUUCAAAUUUUGUUUGCGAAAGUCAGGGUGCUGUGAAAUGGUGAAUGUAAAGAGUUUGUUUUCCAAAUAAUGAAUGGUAGACAUUUUGUAUUUUUAAAUUGUUAUGAAUUGUUCAUUAUGAACUGAGAAGAAACAUUUUUGUAUUAUUUGGCCUUUUCCUUUUAAUUUUACACAAUGUUAUGCACUAAUGUGCCAAAUGCACAGUACUCAAAGGAUAUAACUGGACAUAAACUACCUAUUUUUUUCUUAGUACUCAAUGAUUUGACCUUCACUACUUCAUUUACCAGAAAUCUUCACACAUUCCUUCGAAAAAUAGGGGAGAAAUAACCAGUGUGCAUUUGAAAAUGUAUGUUCUAGCAGAGAACCCUAUUUUUGUUGAUAUUUUAUUACAGACAUAGGUAACAAAAUGAGGCUAUAGAGAAUUUGAAUUAUUAUAAUGUUGAAACCAUAUAGUGCUGUAUUUUACUACCUAUUGGAAGUUAUCUUGUAUGUAAAAUUCUUUCCUGUAUUUUAUUCUUGUUUCCUCUUUCCUCAUAGUGUACUUCAUUUGGAUAAUAAAAAAAAAUUAAAAUGUGACUCUUUAGUUGUAACCCAACCACAUUUAAAACACUAUUGAGAAGUUAAAAUUUAUGGGCUAGAGCCAGUAGCACAACGAAAUGAGUACAGGCCUGCAAAACUUUUAUCUGGGGACCCCUUUCUUUACAAAAGUGUAUAGCAAACACAAGUAUAUUAGUAUCUUAAAUUAUACAAAUAUCUUAACAAACAAACAAAUUCAUCAGUCAAAGAUUGAUAACCAAUAGUAGAAAUAUCUGCAUUUAUUAUUUAAAUUUUUCUUUUUUUUAACGAAGUUUAUUUAUUUAUUUAUUUUUGGUUGCAUGAACUGCAAA